AGCAGUUAUCACACAAAACUAGGUACCACAAAAGCGACAAACAAAACAACAUCUAUGUUAUGUGUUUUCUUCUGCCGUAUCGUAUCGGCAUUCUACAUUCCAAACAAACAUCUCUUCCUUCCUUAACAUUCCUUAAUCUUUCAUUGGUCGGUUAAAGCUUCUUCCUUUCUCCCCCAUCCUAUCUUUCUCUUUCAUUCUCCCAAAAUGGGUCUCUGGGAUUCUCUUCUCAAUUGGCUCCGCAGUUUGUUUUUUAAACAAGAGAUGGAGCUUUCUCUUGUAGGUCUUCAGAAUGCUGGCAAGACUUCUCUUGUCAAUUCAAUUGCUACAGGAGGAUACAGUGAGGACAUGAUUCCAACUGUUGGGUUCAACAUGCGAAAAGUGACGAAGGGAAAUGUUACGAUAAAGCUUUGGGAUCUUGGUGGACAAAGGAGGUUUCGAACAAUGUGGGAGCGUUACUGUCGUGGUGUCUCUGCUAUUGUGUAUGUUGUAGAUGCUGCUGAUAGAGACAGUGUUCCAAUAACUCGAAGCGAAUUAAAUGAGCUCCUGACGAAACCUUCCUUAAACGGGAUUCCUUUGCUUGUUCUUGGAAACAAAAUUGACAAGUCAGAAGCUCUUUCCAAGCAAGCAUUAGUUGAUCAACUAGGACUUGAGUCACUUACAGACAGAGAGGUUUGUUGCUAUAUGAUUUCAUGCAAGGAUUCUGUAAACAUUGAUGUGGUCAUCGACUGGCUUAUCAAACACUCGAAAACUGCAAAAUAAUUGUGUUGAUGAAGUGUUCUUUCCCAGUGUAAUGCAUAGACCUUCAUUUUAGUUUCGGGUCAAGUAUGAGUAUGUGUACAGAUAUCAAAUUUGGUAAAAUGUUCCAUGCAAUGUUGUUGAGAAAACUUAUUACUUGAUAUUGUACCAAGUUUUGGAUGGUUUCUGUUCAUAACUAGAUUCAUGUCCAUCGAUUUUAUUCGUCUGUUUAAUGAAAAAUACCUUGUUAGCUUUUGUA